AUGAGUGGAAAAUUUGUUCGUGCCUCGAAAUACAGACAUGUGUUUGGUCAGGCUGCUAAAAAAGAGCUACAAUACGAAAAUAUAAGAGUCACUAAUAAUGCAUGGGACUCUAAUUUGAUAAAGGUCAAUGGAAAAUUUAUUGCUGUUAAUUGGAACUCCUCUGGUGGUGGUGCUUUUGCUGUGAUUCCUCUCAAGGAAGUAGGUAAAGCUCCAGAUCAAGUACCACUUUUCAGAGGACACACCGCGCAAGUGCUCGACACUGAUUUCAAUCCGUUCGAUGAUAACGUGAUAGCCUCGGGUUCAGACGAUGCAAGAAUUGGUAUUUGGCAAAUUCCUGAUGACUAUUCAUUCCGCAAUUACGUAGAUGAGCAGGGCGAGCCCAAAAACAUCGAGCCCGUCAAAAUGUUGAGCGGGCACACAAGAAAGGUGGGGCAUGUAUUGUUUCAUCCAACAGCUAAAAAUGUCUUGGCAUCGUCUUCUUUGGACUAUACUGUAAAGAUUUGGGAUAUCGAAAGUGGCAAGGAUGUGUACACACUGAAGCACCCUGAUAUGGUGACUUCAAUGUCUUUCAGUUACAGUGGAAACCACUUGGUGACAGUUUGUCGUGAUAAGAAGCUUAGAGUCUGGGACAUAAGAACUCAGAAAGUUGUCAGUGAGGGGCCCGCCCAUGCUGGUGCAAAAAAUCAAAGAGUUGUUUGGCUUGGUAACUCUGAUAGAAUUGCUACGACCGGGUUUUCCAAGCUAAGCGAUCGUCAAAUUGGUAUCUGGGACGCCUUCAAUUUGGAAAAGGGAGACUUGGGCGGGUUUUACACUGUUGAUCAAUCUUCUGGUAUUUUAAUGCCUUUUUAUGACGACUCCAACAAAAUAUUGUAUUUGGUUGGCAAAGGAGAUGGUAACAUUCGUUACUUCGAAUUUCAGAAUGAUGAAUUAUUCGAGCUGUCCGAGUAUCAAUCCAUUGACCCUCAGAGAGGUUUCGCUGCCGCCCCAAGAAGAGCCGUAAACGUUAAAGAAAAUGAAGUCCUAAAAGGUUAUAAGACUGUUAAUGACCACUGUAUCGAGCCAAUUUCAUUUUAUGUUCCAAGAAAAGCUGAAGUCUUUCAAGAUGACAUUUAUCCAGAUGCACCAUCUGACGUCCCUGCUUUGAGUGCAGAGGAGUGGUUUUCGGGCAAGUCGGUCGAUGGUCCGGUGCUUUUUAAUGUUAAGUCGUUGUAUGACGGCUCAGAUCCAGUUUUGUCAGCUGCUCCAGCCGCUGCUUCUACCCCUGCUCCUGAAUCUACUUCUGUCUCUGCUUCCGAAACCAAUAGUACUGAAGGUAAAGAAACUACUUCUGAAGUUGAAGCAAAACAGCCGGUGAAAGAAUUUGAGCCACAAGAGACGAAGUCAGAACAAACAUCCACCAAUAUACACUCCAGUACAACAAAUUCUCAAAUUGAUGAUGUAUUGAAGGAAAACAAAUCAGUUGAUAAAUUGCUUCAGAAAGCAUGCAGCUUAGAUGAUGUGAAUGACGCGGAGGAUCCUUCUAAGGAUACCUCUGGUUGGGACGAAGAUGAUGAACAGUCAGUUCCAGUCAACAUCAAGUCUGUCACACCGAACUCUGAAAAAGAGGAUGUCGCUAAGAAAAGUGACAGUGUCGAAGUUAUGAAAGAGAAAGGUGUCAACAAGAAGAAACAAGAUGAGCAAACAGGCAAUGUUCCAGUUGAAAGAACUCCAACUGACAUCAAGGUCCCUCAAAUAGAAGAAAAGCCAUCCGCAGCGGUUGAAAAAGAAUCAAAGCCGGUAGAAGUGGAGAACGUUAAAAAGGAAAUCGAAAGUUCUGAUUCUAGGGCGGAUGAGUCUCUCAAGCAGCCAAGCAGUUCAAAAUCUAGUGCAGGCACUGCUACUGGUGCCAAAUCUUUGGGACUCAAGCAAUCGGUAGAGAAAUUAUCUGCCUUGGUUUUACAUUUGGAGGAAGUCGUGUCGAAUCUAAAAGAAUCAAAUUUGGACAAAGAUGAGCGUCUGAAGUCUUUGGAAACAAAAAUUGAAGAAUUACUAGCUCAAAGCUAA